AUGACCACGGCGGAUGGCGCGGUACAUGUAGCCCCCUGUAGCGCAUGUAACCGAAGUCAUCGGAGAGGUAUUCGUUGUAUCCAUACCACUGGUGAGAGUGACGAUGAGAGCGAACCGGACGAGGAGUCGGGCAGCGGGGAAGAUGAGGGGGAUGGAGAGGAGAAUGGGAGCACACCGGCAGAUUCGGGGAGGGCGCCAAAGAAGGGGAGGGCAGCAAGGGAGAGGAGGGAGGCAAGGAAGGGGAGGGCAGCAAGGGAGAGGAGGGAGGCAAGGAAGGGGGGGGCAGCAAGGGAGAGGAGGGAGGCAAGGAAGGGGAGGGCAGCAAGGGAGGGAUGGGCAGCAGGAAACGGGAGGGCUUCAAGGGUUGGAAGGGCAGCCGGGAAUGCAAGGGCAGCAUGGCACGUGUGGGCAGCAGGGAAUGGGGGGACCACUGGGAAUGGGUUGGCAGGAGGGAAUGGGGGGGGCACCGGGAAUGGGUUGGCAGCAGGGAAUGGGGGGGCCAGAUUGUUUGGGAGGGCAGCAGGGAAUGGGCGAGCAGCAGGGAAUGGGAGGGCGGCAGAGAAUGAGAGAGCCGCAGACAUUGGGAGGGCCACAGGGAAUGGGAGGGGCACAGGGAAUGGGAGGGGCACAGGGAAUGGGAGGACCACAGGGAAUGGGAGGGGCACAGGGAAUGGGAGGGGCACAGGGAAUGGGAGGGGCACAGGGAAUGGGAGGGCCACAGGGAAUGGGAGGGCCACAGGGAAUGGGAGGGGCACAGGGAAUGGGAGGGGCACAGGGAAUGGGAGGGGCACAGAGAAGGGGCGGGCAGCAGGGUUUGGCCGGGCAGCAGGGGAUGGGCGGGCAGCAGGGACAGGGCGGGCAGCAGGGAAUGGGCGGGCAGCAGAGAAUGGUUGGGCGGCAGAGAAUGGGAGAGCCGCAGAUAUUGGGAGGGCCACAGGGAAUGGGAGGGCCACAAGGAAGGGGUGGGCAGCAGGGAAGGUGCGGGCAGCAGGGAAUGGGCGGGCAGCGGGGAAUGGGCGGGCAGCAGGGAAUGGGAGGGUUGUUACAAAGGCAAUUUAG